AUGGCCGAGCUCCAGUCGCUGUCGGGGGACGCGUACCUGGCGCUGAGCCACGGCUACGCAGCGGGCCUCGCCUACGGGGCGGCCCGGGGCCCUGAGGCGGGGCGCGGCUGCUGCGCGCCGGGACCGGGCGACCACCUCCCGGCGGCGCUCGCCCCAGCAGGCGCGGCCGAGAGCAGCGGCGAGCAGAGCGGCGACGACGAGGACCCGUUGGAGCGGCGGCGGCGGCGGCGGCCCCGGGACGCGGCGGACGCGCGGCGGACGCCCCGGGAGCCGCGCUCUCUGCGGCUCAGCAUCAACGCCCGCGAGCGGCGGCGCAUGCACGACCUGAACGACGCGCUGGACGGGCUGCGGGCCGUCAUCCCCUAUGCGCACAGCCCGUCGGUGCGCAAGCUCUCCAAGAUCGCCACUUUGCUCCUGGCCAAGAACUACAUCCUCAUGCAGGCGCAGGCCCUGGACGAGAUGCGGCGCCUGGUGGCCUACCUCAACCAGGGCCAGGGCCUGGCCGCGCCCGUGGCCGCUGCGCCCUUGGCGCCCUUCGGCCCGGCCGCCGUGUACCCUUUGGCGGCGGGCGCCGCGUUGGGCCCCUGCCCGGACAAGUGUGCCGUCUGUCCCGGGGCUCCAUCAGCGCUGUGCAAACACUAUAACCCGAAGCCGUGA